AUGCAAAUCGUUCUGCAUUUACUAUUCAUUGUACAAAAUUUCAAUAUUGUACAACUCAAUGAUCAAGAAAAACACUUUGUUAAUAUAAUCAAACGAGAUGUACAUAGUUCUUCUCUUCAAAAUCUUAAUCGUUAUACCAAAACGUAUGAAAAUGGUCAAAAUAUUAUUUUUUAUACACCAAAUUUUACACUGAUUGAUUCUUUAUUAUCGAUUAUUUCAAUAAAUCAACAAAAAUCUUCUGUUUGUAAUCAUACAACAUGGUUAAUACGCCAAAUAUCAUUAAAUAAUAAUCGUUUAAAUCAAUAUAAAGAAAUAGCACGAUAUGAUUCGAUUAAAAAUCAAUUUAUUCUUAAUUAUCAUAAAGAUUAUUCAUAUACUAUUGAUUCAAAUACUGGUCAAUUAACAUUAAUCAAUACUAAUAAUGAAAAUCUACUUUAUACAGAAAUUAGUUUACAUGCACAAUCAGGUUUAAGUCAAGGCGAUGAUAUUUUACAUGAUAUAUAUCGAUUAAUUCGUCUUUCAACUAAAUCAAUUAAUUGUACAAGAAAUGUAACAGUUAAUAUAGAUGAAUCAUUUGAAAUAACAUGUACAAUUGAAUAUGAAUUUUUAAAUUAUGAUGAUUUAGAUAAUUAUCAACCAAUAAUUAAUUUUACAUUUUAUAUUAAAGAAAAUGAUUUUAUAUAUAAAAUUAUUGAUCAAAAUUAUUUGAAUGAAAUAAAAGAUUUUAAAAUAGAUAAUAAUAUAACAUUGAAUUGGAAACGUUCAAUUAUUUAUACAAUUAAAUCAAUAAAUAAAGAAGAAAAUAAUCGAGAAUAUGGUUGUAUUAUAAUACCUGAUACAUUAAGAAAUGAAGAUUUAUUUCAAGAUAAUAAUCGAAUAUGUCGAAUUGGAAUUAAUGUUAAAAAUCGAUGGGAUUUAAUCGAUAUAAUGAUACUUAUUCUUAGCAUACUUAGUAGUCUAUUAUUUAUUAUAUCUCUUAUUUUAUGUUUAGCUACUCAACGAUAUCAUAAAAAACGUAUUGUUCAAAUUAAACCAGAAAUUUUAGAUAAAACAAUAACAUUACCACUUAAUACUAAUACUACAAAACAAACAUUUUCCAAAGAAAAUUUAUUUUCAAAUAAUAAUGAAAUUAAAUCAGAAAUACCUUUAAUAACAUCAAAACAAUUUUCUGAAGCUUCUAUUAAAACUCAUUCAUCUGAACAUAUUCAUCGACAUAAACCAGGUUGUCCAAAAUAUAUUCCAUCACCUGAACAUAAUCUUCUUUCAAGUAAUUUAUUUACUCAUACAACAAUUGAUAAUAUUAAAAAAAUAAUUCUUCCUGAUAUUCCUCAAAACAAUGAACUAUUCGAUGAUCAAACUUAUAUUCAUUUUUAUAUACCAUCAAAAACUGAGAAUAUAUCAUUUAAAAAACUUCAUUCAACUUUGAUCGAAAAAGACAAAUCAUCUGAUUAA